AUGGCUACAUGUGGUGAUUCCAAUGCACAGCAAUAUGUGCGAGUUUCUGAUAUUGCGAAGGAACCACAAAAGAUGCUCAUGCCAAUUCGUGGGUAUGAGAAAAUGCCGCCAGUAUCAUUGGAAGAGGCAGUCGAACCAUUAGUCUCGAUAUUGCCUGAAGUUCAAGAUUAUGCAUAUGUCGCAAAACAAAGAUGUGAUCCAGUACCUCCCGAUGGUUUAACAAAAGAUCAAUCGGCUUCAAUUAUACUGUAUACAAUGGAAUGGGAGCCAAAUGAAGAAUGUUUAUACUUCGCUUUAAAUGCAACACUUCGUGCUGAAGACAGGCGAAAACUAAAACCAUGGUUUUCGUAUUUGAAACUCGUUCUUACAGCAUUAGCACAAUUGCCAGGUAAACGACAGACUGUUUAUCGUGGAGUGAAAAUGGAUUUAAGCAAACAAUAUCCACUCGGAAAAACAUUUGUUUGGUGGGGAUUUUCUUCAUGUGCUUCAAAAAUGGGAGUACUUGAAAAUGAACAAUUUUUGGGCAAAUCUGGUAACAGAACAAUGUUUACCAUCGAUAGCGAAAGUGGAAGAGAUAUUAGACGUCAUUCCUACUUUCAAUCGGAAGAUGAAAUCCUUCUUCUUCCUGCUCGACAAUUUGAAGUAGUUUCUUCAUUGCAACCAGCAUCUGGUCUUCACAUGAUUCAACUCACAGAAACUGCAUCUCCAAUUUCCCUCUUACAACUGGUUCCAAAUGUUUCUAAUUCGAAGGAAUCAUCGACAAGUAAGACGAAAGUUUUCAUGUAUUCUUGA